GUACUUCUUCGAUCCGUAUGGGCGUGGCCUGGUUGCAAACUGAUCCUUCAGCACCAUUACUUUCCUUUAAUGCUUCACUUAUUUCUUCUCAACCUUCAUCUUCCCUAGCAGAACUAGUAGCAAUACUAUCUGCUAUAUAUGUAGCGCCUAUAAAUGCUACA